AUGGAAGACGGAGGCCACACGCGGGACGUUGUUGUCGGCAGCGUCUGGCUGGACAUGUUGGACGGCGAUGUCGAGGGCAAGUACACCGAUGAUUUAUUGGCGAACGCGCUGCUCGCAGAUCCGUGGGCGUUGCGGUUGAAGGAAAGGGUGGGAUUGGUACUGACUCCUACCAACGUGGCGAAGGAAGGAGUAUAG